AUGAAACGUUUCUCACCUUCCCUUCAACCCCAUAUAAACCAAUCGCCAAAUCCGCAAAUGCAACAAUCACAUGGAUAUUAUGCAAGUUUUAAUCAUGCUUAUUCAUCUAACCUACCACAGAGUAGCUAUUUACCGAACCCGAGUUGGAGGGGCAAUAGUCCUCACCCUAGAGGUUACUGUAGUCCACCAGGUGUCGGUUUUCCUAGCCCGCAAACCCACUUCACCAAUGGUCCAAGAUAUGGGAGAGGGAGAGGUUGUGGGUCAGGACAGGGUGGAGGGCGAGGGCAGGGCCAUAAUCAUGUAUCGGCAGAAGAACAACGGCCCGAUUGUUUCUUCAACAAGUCAAUGUUGGAAGACCCUUGGAAGUUUCUAGAACCAGUAAUUUGGAAGUCACUCAAAAAGCAGUGGCUUCCACCUUCUCUUAAUGCGAAAAAACCUAGAGUUUCAGAAUCUCAAAGACAGUCUAGUUCACAGCCUAGCCUUGCUGAAAUAUUGGCUGCAUCUUUUAAUGAAGUUGCAGAGGAUGUACCCGAUGCUGAAUGUUUUUUCUAG